AUGACGGACCGUUAUCGCAGCUACCCGUCCUCUGGGCGAGCGGCUACAUUCUCGAACCACGCGAGGACUUCUCUGCCGUCAAGCAUUGGUUAUACUUCUCUAUAUGCUGGUGACAUGCAUGUCAUGCCGACUUCUACCCGUCAACAACAGCCUGUCUCAGCGACCCCACGAGGAUAUGUUACAACCACUUCCACUACGCCGACUCCCAACACCACGACCCGCACGUACGCCGUUACCCAGGAUCCUCGAUCACACAGGCCGACCACUCGAGAUGUCACUCGCACGCAGAGGUCCUCCACUCUCGAUUCCACGAGUCGACCACCGGUUAUUGUUAUGACCACCCAGAAGGACCGUGCUAAUGGUACCAGUUCUCAUUCUUCCAACGCUCGUCCCGGAAGUCCCAUGCGGGAUGAUUACCGGUCGAGCGAUGGGCAGUUCUAUACUCAGCCUGCCUCAUCUAUACGUUCACGCAGCACAGCCCGCUCCUAUGCCGACCAGCCGGGCACCGAUAGCUAUGGUCGCAGUAGCAGGGAACGCAGCAACAGCUUAGUGCGCGAUGACCCUUACCGCAACAGCCGUCAAUCCGCUAUUUACCAGAACAACCCACGCCAAAGCUCCAACAACGUCGAUUACGGAGACGACGGAUACCAGUACACCAAUGCCGGGGAAUUAGUUCGUUAUGAUCUCGAUCACUCAGCUCCGACGAGGACACGGAGACGUGAGAGUCUCGACCGUGGAUACUAUCGUCCUAACAUCAACUAUAACGCGGAUCAGCGGACAUUUAACGUUGAUACGAGCCCCGAUUUGAGUCGCAAUCAUAUAACCACAAACACAAGUAGCGCCUCGACCAGUCGACAAUACGAUAACCGAGGAGGUCCUCCGCCUAGCACUCGUGGAUUCGAUAAGAUCCGAGGGUACGAAAGCCCCCGUGACUACGCUCCGAUGCCCUCCAAAACACCAGAACCUGUUUCGACAAAACAGGAUGUCCCUCUCGUCGCCACUACCGAGACGACAAGACGGCCUCGGCCAGUGUCGCUGUACCAGGAGGGGCCACCCCGUUCUUCCCAUCAUGACGACUACUACCGUAGUCGAGAGGACGAAAGAAAAAUGCGAGAGUUUCGUGAACAGCCUGAGCUUGAGCGUGCUCAUGAGCCGGAGCGCUCAUACGAAACCCCAUAUUUUCAUGAUGAUCGAGUCACUUCCCGUGGUUUUGGUAUACGAACUGAUCUUGCCGAUGAACACGAUGACCGCCGCGAACGUCGCCAAGAACCCAAGAAGCGGUCGGAUGAAGAUCUACCGCGCGAAACUGAUUACGAGCGCGAUGAUCGUCGCCGGAGCCGUAUCGAUUCAAAGGAGCCCCGUCGUGAGAGACGUGAGAGUAAGAAGGGCAGCGACGAUGAGGAAAAAGAGCGUACGCGAUUUCGCGAUAAGGUGGCUACUGGCCUGGGCAUUGCUGCGACUGCAGUGGGACUCGUCCCCGCCAUCAAAGACGACGAUAAGCGCGAGAAGGAGGCGAGCAGACGUAAGGGCUCUGAUGACGAACGCGAGCGUGAGCGAGAUCGCGACAGGCGGCGAGACUCGAUGAAGAGCGAACGCCCACGCAACCUGGAACGGGAUCGAUCGCGACAGCGGGACCACUCACGACAACGUGAUCAAGACCGUGGGUCCAGAGACACAAGUCGCCGACCUGUGGAAUCGCGUAAGAGUGGCGAGGCGGUCGUUUCAGCCUCGGACUCAGACGAAGGUAAAAAGUCGACCCGAAGACGUCACGACUCUAAUGCUUUUAACCCUAACGAUACAUCUGAUUUGAGGCAGCUCAAAGACCAGCUCGCAGCCUUGAAUGCUACUGACAAGGAGAAAGAAAAGGAGUCUCCUAUCGUAGCUGAAAUCACAUCGCCCUCCUCCUCGCCUUCGGGAGAAUCCAGAAACGUGACCGACACCCGGCCAUCUAGAGAACACCAUUCCCCGUCUGAUUCAAAACCCUCCACUCCUCCUAGUGAGGAGGUUCGUGGCCGUGAGCUGCAACAGGCUUCUCUGGAUGAUAAGCAAGUCCGGGUUGUAUCGCCCCCUCGUGACAAGAAGGACGAGAAACCUUUGAAGGGUAUCUUGAAACAGCCCAAAGUUAGCUUCCCGGAAGAGCCAAAUCCCAUCCGCGAGGGCGUUGCACCUCAUAAGGAAGACAAGAAGGCUAGAGAAGCACCUGCAGGUGCAAAAUGGACCAAGAUCAGCCGCAAGGUUGUCAACCCCGAGGCUUUAACUAUCGGCAAGGAGAGGUUCGAGGUCAGAGAUGAUUUUGUAAUCGUGCUGCGAGUACUCAGCAAAGAGGAAAUCCAGGCAUAUGCCUCAGCGACACAAGUCCUGCGUGAGAGACGUCGCCGUGACGAAGAUGGUGGUGACACGGAUCGUGACAGGGAAGAUGAUGACAGAAAAAGGCAUCAUCGCCAUCGCCGUCAUCGUGAAGAUGAUUCAUCGGACUACGAAGAUAAAGAUCGGGAUCGAGAAAGGCGCAGGCGACACCGAGAUGAGGAAGAGUACGACACGAGGUCAAGGGAUUCUGACCAUCAUCACCAUCACCAUCGCAGUCACCGCGAGCGCGAGCCUGUUCUCGAGGCUUAA